UAGUUAUUCCAAAGCAAAACGUAAGUGAAAAAUGUGCCAGUGCUGACUGAUAGCAAAAAUCUCGAAAAAUAUCUUCUUCCCAAACACCAAUUCAACCUUUAAAUAUUCCGAUCACCGGAUGAAUUCUCCGGUUACCGGAACCCUCCUCAAUUUCCCAAACUACCCGUAAAUCACACACUAAUUUACACAACUGCCAUUCAGCUUCGAUGGAUUUGGCAGAAAAUCGAGAGAAGAGAAAGGAGAUUCGCGGGUCAGCAAAGUUGCGUAGAUUGUUGGGGAUUCUUGCCUUUUUCUGUGCCUUAUUUACAGUCGCAUUUUCGCUGGUUUAUUUAGCGGUUAUUCUUGGCAACUUGUCGAUUUCCAGUCCGAUAUCUCUCCCUUCUCAAUGCAAAAUUGUCUCUAGCAGUGUGGAUCUUAGGUCUUCUAAAGUCUGUGAACUGGGCUUGUUGAAUUAUAAAGCAAAGCAUGUUCUUUACCCUUCUGAAAGCAAAAAGUUCCGAUGUCAUUAUGAUUACUAUUGGGCUUCUGUGUUUAAGGUCGAAUACAUGGAUCAUUCAGGUCAGGCACUACUUGCACUGGCAGAGGCACCUAAUGAGGCCCUUCCAUCUGAUUGUAGACCAAACUUCUCUGGUGCAUGGUUGACAAAGGAUAAAUUCGAGGUAAACAAAACUUACGAGUGUUGGUAUACAUUGGGAAUAUCUAAAGUGCACAUAUAUCAAGAUGGUUUUUUUGAUUGCCAAGCAAAAGACCCCUCAACUAUUGAGAUGUUUAUGCGAUAUUUAAUCUUGUUCAUGAGGAUAUUAAAGUCUUGGUAUGUUAGUGGGGUUUCAUACUGGCAUUGGAAAUGGGAAGCUGUAGCCGGAGUUAUUGCUGGUUUCUUAACUUCCAUGAUAUCAAUAAUCUUUUUUGGACUCCUACGAAGGUUGUUUUCUUGCAUCUAUCAACUUUCGGUGGCAAGAAGGCUUACUCUGUCGCUCAAUAAAGUCUGUUUAAGGAGAGUUUGUUUCCUGCUAGCUUAUGUGUCGUUUACUAGUUGGUUGGCCAUUCAAUAUUUCAGACGGAUUGGUCUCCCUGAAAUUGCAGUUUACUAUAGCACAUAGCACUCAUUUUUGUAGAAGUGCUAGAGCCGGUUGGCACUUUAAGUGGAAAUGUGAAAUAUGUAAUAUCUUUGUACCAGUAUACACACACUUUCUACCAUAUGUUGUAUUCUAGUUUCUUGUGUACAGAACAAACUGCAGGAAUAAAUACUUGUAAAGAAAAUUCCCCGAGCA